GCCGCCGUGCCGCGCAAGGUUGUGCCCACAUGUGACCAGCUUAAACUAGUUCUGAAGACACAAAGGGAAAGGCAAGGCGAGAUAAGGAGCCAGAUAGCGGGGCGGGCGGUGGAGCAGGGCCAGACGAGCGGCACGGCAAGCAGGAGGAGCAGCCUUCGUCACGACAGAGCGACCCAGGCGCCGGCAACGAGACCCGCAGCAUCCAUCCAGGCAAGUCACGCACCGGGCGCGCUCUUCUUGCGCGCCAAACUUCGCCGCCGCCGCCGGCGGGAAAGGGGAGGCCGGCGCCCAAAGGGGCGCUAGGCGGAGGAAGGUGCGCUCCGCAGAGCUGUGCCCGAGGGCGGGGACGGAGACGGGGGGACCCCGAGCGACUCGUGUACCUUCGUGAGGAAAGCCUCCGUCCCCAGAAAGAGGGGUCCUGGCUGCGCUUGAGUUUGCUUUUCCCAGCCCCAUAAAGCGCCCAUGUUUGGAGUUCCCCGGGAACUUUUGCUCUAGCAGCCCCGAGCGAAGAUCAUCCCAGUCCAGUGUAAACGCUGUAACGCACUUUGGUCACCGACACGGCGGGCGGGCGGGAGGGUGACGAGGCUCCAUCCCAAAUGAAAGGGGUCCUUCCCCACCCCACCCCCCGGCGCUCCCGGAGCCUCUCCAGCUUUUAAAGAAAGGGGCCGAGAUGAUGCUCAGGUUGAGGCGCGAAGUCACCUUUUCCGAGAGGGGAAAGCGGGAAAGAGGAGCGGCGGGAUAGCCGUUCAGAGCUGAUCUCUUUCGCCGGUUGUUUCCUGCCUGGCCAGAUAACAUUGAUGGUGAAGGGACGCGCCGGAUCGGUUGGUUGAAACUUUUUUGCCCCAGGAUCUUUGGGAGUCCGGCAAGAGUUUGGAUGCUGAGACGCCACGCUCGGGCGUGCUGGCACUGCACGGGGAACCAACCUGUAUCUUUCUAGUUCCCCCAGAAAAACCCGGUGUGCUGCAGGGUGAAGAGAAAGGGUGGGAAGACAUCUCUGGGUCUGGGUCUGGGUCUGCCGCUGUGUGCCAGAUGCAUAUCUUGAGUCCUGUGUUUCCCGACCUUUAGUUACCAGGGAGUGUUGUUUUAUUUGUGUUUUGAGCACUAAGUUCAUUAUACUAUCUGGCACCACAUAUACAAGAUCACACCCAUGCUCUCCAUAGUAAGCAAUUUGAAAGAUCAGUCUGCAUACAUAUAGUGUGUGCGCACAUAUGUUUGCGAGCAUACAUCGAAAGUGAUCGCAAUGGAACAACCAGGGCUUAAAGAGCGCUAAGUUACUUAAGUGAGCUAGAGCCCGUACCCUUAUUAUCUUUCGUAAGCUUUUUUGUGCCCAGACAUCUCUGUAGAAGUGCAUGUAGCUCACUUUGCGUCUGCCACCCUCUAAUCUUUGAGCUAAUAUUGCUAGUGACUGGAGAUGUGUGUUUGUGACUUGGGUAUUCCUGAUCCCUGUAAGGGUCUGCAAAAGAUGCCCUUGAGACCCCACCCAGUUCCAAGGCAAUUUUGGUUGAGGAUUUUUUUUUAUUUUUUUGAGGGGAAACAGAAGAGUGGGGUCUCUAUUCAGUCAGUCCCACAGUGGUAUGCUUUAUGAUUAUGCACGGAGGGAGAAUUUCAAUGGCUGCUGGUCCUUUCUCCUGCUGCAAUUGAGACAGUGCUGUGCAUUCCUCCUUUGGUUCUGUUGUUGCUGGAGUUGACCUUCGCUCAGCACGGAACUCCCUGAGCCAGGCAGGAGCCAGGCAUUUUGGAGCACAAGAAUGCAUCUCAUGCAAAAUGUGAGCACCUCUAUUGAAAAAGCCCCUCCACUUGGAUCUGCUCCAGCUUGGAGAAGAAUGAGAGAAGGUUGUUGUCGUCUGUCUGCCAUUCCACCCCCCACCGCCACCCCAUGGCUGGUUCCAGGAAGGAAGUGUCCCAGUGAAACUAGGACACCUCGUUUCACUCUGAACACACACACACUCAAACUGUGUUUCUUUUUAUGAGAGGGGAAGUGGGUGGUCAAGUCUUUAAAAACUCCUUUCACUAGCUGUUGCAGCCAUGGUUCAGAACCCUUCGUGAAGGGGGCUUCCCUCAGAGCUCAGCGUGUUUCCUCUACCAAGCCUUGAUCCAUGCUUCUUUGAAGUGGGUCUUUUUCCAGCCUUCUUAUAGAUAGAUGUAACAGCAGAGAUGCAAGGCUGCAUCCUGCUCUUCUGAUACUCCUGUUCUGGGAUGGUCUCCACACACCCAAAGCCUGAAAACUCUUGGCAACAAGGAGGUACUGAGGUAAUUCCUGUUUCUCCCCCCUCCCCUCAAUUACUCUUCAGGAUCUUGGGCUAUGGCCAGAAUGCACAGAGCUGUGCACCUUUAAAAACCUUCUGAAACUAAUUCUACAGUUGGAAUUCAGACCAGUUUGUCAUAUAUUUAACAACUUUAGAUUCACUGUUCUGUUUGCAAGAAUGCUGUUUUUUCCUUCCCAUGUUCUUGGAAAUUUUUUAGUAGCUGUAGUAGGUGUUUAGGAGGGUGUUCAAGAACACAUUUUAGGUCCUGUUUUUCAUUUCAAUCUGCAGUCCUAAUGAGUUGGUGGGGUUGGGGGAAGUGGUCACUUUAUGAAAGCCAAGAAUCUUGGAAUUCUGCAGAAUUUGAAACUGGAUUUUAAGCCAUGAUAGUGUUGAGACCUCUGACUGUGUCUCUAAAUGCUCUCCUACCCUUGAGUUUCUUGAUGAUGAUGAUGCCAAUUUACCUCUGCAUCUCCACAUGCCAUUACGGUUUGUUAAAAUUUGAUCCGUUGUGCUUGGUGAUGAUAAACCUAUAGGGAAGACCUCAGUCAGAAAAGCAACAUUUCUUCCAUGCUGUCAGGGUAGCGUUCCUGUUAUUUUGCUGGCUGAAAGAUCAUGUUAAGAGUAGGAAAUGAGGGAGAGGUUUGCAUUCAAAGCUGAACUUAACCAAGUCCAUCCUUUCUUGAAACAAUACACAAACAGAAACACUUCCCUGAAUUUUGCAGGGCAGUUCUCCAGCCAAGAAAGGUGUAAAGAAAAUGCAUGUACUGGGUAAACUAACACACGCGUAAAAAUGUAUACUAUUAGGGGAAGUUGCUUUGGGAAAAAAUGUAUUAGAGCAAAACUGCAUACAAAAAUGGAUUUAUUAGGAGAAAUUCACACUAAAAUACUGGUGAAUUUCCAUGAGAAUUAAAAAAGAAGAUAGAAAAUUGCUACAGAAAUGUAGAGAAUUGAAUUUAAGAUUGGAAAAAUGAGAAACAGGGAGAACCGAAAUUGACAGAUCCAUCCAUCCCUAGUCAGGAGCCCCUGUGUCUGCCUUUCAGCCAUUUACCAACCAUUCCUGAGACUAGUUAUGCAUAGCCCUCUAUGGGUUCACUCCACCUUUUAGAAAAUAAAGCCUCCUUAUGUACCCUAGCCUCUUUAGCUAAUCACCACUUUUGUUAAUUUAUUUUUACAUUUAUAUCCUACCUUUCCCCCAGUGAGUUCAAGCUGGCAUACGUGAUUCUCCCUGUCCCCCAUUUUAUCCUCACAACCCCCCAUGAGGUAGGUUAGACUGGGUGGUCCCUGGUCACUCAAGUGAGCAUCAUGGCUGUGUGGGGGGUUGAAGCCAGGUCUUCCAAGUCCAGCAAUAUAACCACUACACCUCUUUCUUUGGUUUCAGUGCUUGAAAUGCCAUAUACCCAAAAGACUGCACCACAUAUUUUGAUUUCAUUGUGUGACCACCCUGUUUAAAGUUGUGGUGGUUUCAUUGGGGGCUUCCCAGUGGGAUAAUUUUGUCUUGUUUUUCAAGUGCCAGGUGUGCUGAUUCAGGGCAUCCAAGGCUAGCAAGCCUUGGGAAUAGUGGGAAUCCAUCUUGCUGGAUGGAUGCUAGGUAGGGCAGCCCAGGUAAAUGGAAACAUUUGCAAUGUUUGGUGCUUCUUCCUUGACAAUUCAGUCUUGUCCUAUUGGCUUCAGUGGGCCUUGCUCCCAGGUCAGCUUUGUCCUCUUUCCAGACGGAUGCUCAAUCAGUGGGGAAGGAAUCUCGGUGGGAUGCAGCCUUAUACAGAGAUUUUGCUUGUGCCAUGUAUACCCCAGGAAUCAUUUGCAAUGGUGAGGAAGAGGAGGGGGCCUGAGAAUAGAAGGUGGUAGGAGAGGAGGCAGGGAAGGAAGGAUCUGAAACCUGCCAGGACACAGCCUGAGGGAAAGGAGGUGGGAGAGAGUGGAAGAAUCAUGCAUAUUGUUGAAGCUGCAUUUGGCUGUAGGAAAUGGAAAUCUGAGGGGACUGUUGAGGCCAACUUUUCCUGCAUUUUUAUAAGAUGGAGCAAGGCAAGUCCAAAGAUGCAGAAACACAAAGGACCCAAGAGGAAGAGGUCAUGGUAAAACAGGUCGGAGAGGAGAGGGCUGGGAGGAGAAGGCAUAUGGUAGCUCUCGAGACAGAGCAGGAAGCAAACACCAGAAAGAAGGUGGGUGGUCAGGGCACCUUAGCAAUUCAGAAUGGCUGCAGCUGCUGUUAAAUGCCCUAUGUUUUAAUUUAAUGGAUCUCUCUUAUUUGAAGUUCUUUGUCCCUUCAGACAAACAAAAGAAAUCAUACGUCCCUUGUUUUGGAGCCCAUGGUUUUCAAAGUGGCCAGUGUUUAAGAAAUUUUGUUCUGGCAGCAUCUCUGUAUGCAGGGGAAGAAGUUAAAUGUGAGUCCUGCAUAGUGAUGAAAGCGAACUUCGUGUCUCUCUCUCAAACUUCCAUGUAAUCUGGCCUGGUUCUCUAAACUCACUGAGGAAUGUUGGUGAAAUAGUUCAAAAGUUUUGUGAAUCUGUUUAUUCCCACCUAGUUUCGGAGUGAGUUAACACGAUAAAUCCAAACAUUUUCUGAAUUAUAUGCCACCGCUAUCUUAUUGUGUGCAAGCGGUGCCUCUCUUUUUCUUAAAAUAUUCCUGCCUUCCUCAACUUGUUAGGUGAUGAGCUAAUAAUGAUGCUUGCCACAUAAGCAUGUACAUCUGCAGUGCAUCAUUAAGAAAAUCUGUUUCUUACUAUGGAGGGAACUUUGGGUCACAUCCAUACCAUACAUUUAAAGCACUAUUGUACCACUUUAAGAGUCAUGGCUCCCCCCCCCCCCCCCGGAUGUCAAUUCUGCCUUUGAAAUCCCAGUAAUGUCCAGGAAAAUCUGUAUGUAUGGCAGCCCUAGUUAAGGGUGCUGGGGACUAUACCUUUGUGAGGGGUCUCCUUAACAGCCUUAAUGAACUACCAUUCCUAGAAUUUUUUGGGGAAGACAUGACUCUUAAAGUGGUACAAGAGUGCUUUCAAUGUGUGGUGUGGGUGUGACUCUGAUGUGAAGGAAAUUUGGAGCCAAAGAAGUAAGGGAAAACUGGAGUGUGGGUCACUUGCAAUGUAGUGGAUCAUGUGCUAGUUUUGAGGGUUGAAAGCAACUAUUCAAGUUCCUUCUGGGCCAUGAAGCUUAGCCUACCAUAUGGUGAGAUCCUGCACAUGCCCACUCAAAAGUAAGGCCUGUUGUGUUCAAUGGGGUGUAUUCUCAGGAAAGGGUACAGGAUUGCAGGUGGCUGCCAAGAUGACAAAUAAGCGUUUUGCAGUUUAUAUAGUUUUUCAUAUAGAUUGUUAUGUGCCCUGUGGCUGACUUGGCGUAGUGAAUGAGGAGAACUCUGUAGGAAGGUUUGAGAAAGAAGCUCUGUGGGAUUCACUCGCCGCCCCCAGGGUCAGGUAUUGCAUAUGGUGGCUCUGCUAACACCUUUCUAAUCCUUUGCUCCAUUGUCCUUCCUUCAGCAUUUAUGCAGCAGCAGAACUAGGAAUGAUUUGAAAUUAGUUUUGCAUAAUAAGCCGGUACUAGGAAGAGAGAAGCAGGGAUUAUUAUCCCCCAAAGUGGGAACAGCCCAUCCUGAGAGAUUCUGUAUGUAAGACAGGUGAGCAGUGCUUAUAUUCUGGAACGAGUGCAGAUGCCUUUGAGGACAAAGAAAGCAAACCAGAACAGCUGGAUGGAUGGGGACUUGACAGUUUUUCCUGUUCUGACAGAGAUUUGGACGGUUCCUGUAAAAAGCACGCCUCUUCCAGCAAUGUGUUCUGUGACUGAGGAGAGGGCUGUGUAUUCUUCCCAUCCUUUAUGGAGAUCCCUGCAGAGACAAUAUACAAGUUGCUUGACUGCAGUAAGCACUAAAACUCAGAGGCAGGGGAGAGCUGCUGAUUACCAUCCCACUUAUUUGAGGAGACAGGGCACCUGGAGAAAACAGAUAAGUAGAUUGGCUCUAAUAGGGGUGUGAGCAGCAAGACACUGCUGUUUGACACUUUGAGCCCAGUUCUGUGUUUGCUUAGAAGUAAGUCCCACUGAUUGAAUGGGACUUACUUCCAAGUAAAUAGGUGAGCUAUAAAGCGGUAGAGAAUCUUGUAUUGCCACUGUGAAGGAGCUCAGUGCGUGCGGAAUGACUCAUCUGGUGGAGAGGACGGAGUUCAGCAUCUAAAUCUCCAGGUGCCGACAACCGGGUUAGAAGUGACACCUGGAACAGAUCUUGCUUGGCAGAGAAGGGAGGCCAGGGAAAGUGAAAGGGCCCCUCGUUAUUGUGUUUGGCACCUGCGACCCCAUUCCAGCAUCACCCAGAGGUUUUCCAUGGACUUGGUCCAGGGUUAGACAAAUCCUUGGCAAUCCUGACUGUUGCCAAAGUAUGUCUAAAUUUUCAGCUGCAGCUCAGCAUGUGCAGCCUGUGAGGAGAAAGCGUUAGCAGAAAUGAGGUAUGCUCUAAGACCUGGAUACAGUAAAAGUUAAACGCGACAGGCAUAUAAUGAAUUGUUGAGGAUCCAAGGAGAGCAGCUCACCAAAAAUAUCAAGGGUUCUGCAGGGGAGGGGGGACUGCCCCAAAUAUUAGUUUCAUCUUAACAAUAAAUUUCUCACUUGGGAUUGUUUAAACUGUGUCUCUCCCUGCCCCCCAUGCAAUAGAAUAUCUGAUAGUCGGUGUACUCCCUUCCUUUAAUUUCUCGUUCUGUAUCACCGUUCGACUUGUAAAGCUUUGUCCCACAAGGGAAUAGAGUACAUUCUUGAAAUGAUCAGCAAGAGGGAUGAAGCAGAGAAGAAGCAUUGAAAUAAACGUUUCAAUUUUGGGAGAGGAAGCUUAGUAAACGCACAGAAGAAGAAAACUGAAAAGGAAGAAAUAAGCUGAUUUCUUCUUCUGGUUUUUGCUUUCUCUUCACUUCAGGUGAAUUCACAGUAGCCACCGGCCCAUCUCUUACCUUAAGCUCAUUUGAAAGGUAAAGGACCUAAUGCUUGCACUCUGCUGAGGGGCAGCAAGACAACUGUUCCCACAAUUACCAGCAAACAGGACGGUGAUAGUGAUGUGGGAUGCAGAACUAAGCACAGCCUCCCAAAAUUAGCCUUCAGCAGAUGGCGGAGCACAAAACAAGUCCUGACUUCUAAGAAUGUUAUUGAAUUACACAGAUCACUUGCGUGGCUGGUUUGCUGUUUGUUUACUGAGCAAACUAGUGUCUUCCUCUCUCUCCUUGCCCACUGUACACCUGUCCUAUUAGAGUCUGCAUUCAAGGACUUGCAUAUAACUAUUCUGUUUACUUUUAAAAAAUGGACUCUGCAACAAGGUGAGCAAAUUCCCGUGCUUCUAGCCCUAGUUAUGGCUACUCUUAGUUCUACUGGACCACAUCACUUCCACAGCCAAACGUGCUCAGGUUCAGGUGGGUUUGUCUUGCCACAUAUUUCUCCCCCAUCCAGCAUACAUGCUAAAUGUGUUCCUUGCGUUUGCUCUUAAUUUAAUUGUUACAUUUUAACGGAGGAGGGUAUGCCCUCCCACUGCAUGUUUGGGAGAUUGGCCAUGUUCCUGACAGCAGUCACUGCAGAGAAGGCAGAUUGCUGAAGCUGGAGAGAACAGCAGACUGCAGGCUGAUGCCAAGAAGGGAAGGGCAGAGAAUCCAUGCCACAGGACAGAAUAAGUGCAUGGAGCAUAUUUAAACAAGAACAAUAGUUUUCUGCUGGAUUUUGAAUUGGUCAAAGGAGGAAACUGAGGAUGAUAAUUAUCUAUGUUUCUUUUUUCUUUUUGCAUGAAGAAAAUGACAAUUAGAGCUCCAGGAGACCAAGAUGAUAGAACUGCAAUAGGCCAGUCCAGAGGAGAUGAGGCUCUUACAGUGGAAUUUGUAGCACACAAGAGCCAGGCAGCAUUAGAAAGAGGAAUAAAAGCAAAAUGAAGAACAAAAUGGAUAUUGUAGUGAUGCUUUUGCACUUAACCAAAUAGGCCAGGUUCAGACAUUUGUCCCAGGGUUCAUAUAUCAUAGUUUACUAGCAGCCCUGUGCCCUCAUGUUGAUUGGGAAUGCUAAGAAGAAGAAGAAAACUAGUACAAUUUUGUAAUGGGUAAUUUUAAAAAUGCACAUUUUUGAAAGGUUCAGUUCUCCAUCUUGAUUCAAAAUGGAAUCCAGUUUUAUGCAAGAAAGACUUGCCCCUCAGUCUCAGGAACCAUGACAUAAAAUUUGGUUAAGAGAUGUUAAGAAAUGUCCAAAGGCACAGCAAACAGAAAAAGUAACAUUCCAAAAUAUAUAGUAGAAGAUGAAGCCAUGAACAAGCACUGUGGCCAUGUACUCCUCCCUUGCCCCUCAUUUAUAUGCUGGUUUCAGUGUGGAGAUCUUGCUUGCAUUUAAGUCAGAGUUCUCCAUAACAUCCAAACAGAUGAGGAUAAGCCAGGAUCUGAUCCGAUUUAAAAUGCCAGCUCAAGACAGAAGUGCACUGAGUAAACUUACAUUAAUGUGUAUUGCCGUUGCUUCCAUAUUUAGGCUAUUGUUUCCCUACCUUCUUGCAACUAGUUUCAGUCAUUACAGAUAUCAUCAGCUGCAGGGAAAGAAACAAGGAAUCCCACAGAGAUCUUGUGGGCUGAGUUGGCCUUCAGGCCAUUCCUGGUUGCUGUGCAGCACUUUUCCACAGUGAAAAUUAUUCAGAUAACAUUAAUAACAAGAAGAAGUUGAAGAUGAUGUCCUGGAGGAAUAAUUCAUGUUCACUGUUUGGCGGGGAGGGACAUUCAGCCUGGAUUGAUUUGUUACCUUUGCAGUCUGUUUGCUGCUCUGUGCAGCCAGGUCUCCUGCCAUGCCAGCAGCUUCUGAAGCAGGAAGAUGCAUCAAGGAUUGGCAGAACAUGGGGUUACUUCUGACAUCACUGCCAGCAUUUCUUGGAGGCCACAGGGCUAUCAGAAAGUUGAACAACAUCUGCCCAGCCCACAUUGUGUAGCAGUUAAGGGUGUUCGAUUUGGAUUGAAGAACCCAGGCACUGAUCCCCACAAAGCCAAAAUAUAAAUAUAACAAAAAAAUUAAAUUCCUGCUUGGCUAAAACUUACCAUAACUUGACCAAGUGGAAGCAGCAACCAGAUUGCAAACCCUAAUGUGAGAAUUGGUCCAGAAUGAAAGUGUCCCCCCUGCAAAAUGAACACAAUACCUAGGGUAUUAUUCAUGUUAGACCCUUGCUAUUAUUCUUUCCAAAAUAACUUAAGCUUUACAGUAGCUGGUCACAGAAGAGAUGGUUUAGGUUUCAACUUGCUAGGUAUCUGUUCUUGAGCCUAACAGAAGCCAUUCUUUGCCUACUUAACUUCCACAAAUGGCUCAGACUGCUAUGACCCACAUCUGGCAAAUCUUGUUGUCAGAUAUUCCAGUCAUGGAAGAGCUUGGAUCUGGACCACUCUUGGUCCUGGGCUCCUGCCCUCUUGGGCUCUGCCUUGACAGGCCCCUGUCUCCCCUGAGGGGAGUUCCCCUGCUGAAGGGGGCAGGGGAAGUGGCCUUCGUCCCUUAGGCGUUGCCUUCAGCUCCCCAGCCUGUGUAAUUCUCUGUGACAGUUCAAUUCAGAAUGAAUCCGGCCGCUUCACAGCAACAGACAUACAAAAGGUGAGCCCAGUGGAGCCUGAAUAAUGAAGAGAGCUGCUUUCUGCAGUGGGCUGCCUGGGGGACACUGUGGGGGAAGGGGCAAAAAUGCUGACCUAGUGUUUCUUUUCCCUCGGUCCUCCGGGCUAUUUCUUUCCCCUACACUGAGCACGGCAUGUUUCAUCCCAGUCUGUGAUGCAAUCGGUUCCUCUGAACUGCUCUGGCAGUGGGGGCAGAGGCAAAGGACUGUGUCUGAUACACUUCCAAGUUGCCUCAUCCAAAGCACCAUUUAUAACCUGUUUUUCUCCUUCCCCCACUUUUUUCCCCUUCACGGGCAUAUUGGAAGGAGGAUUAAAUAUCCCACAAGUGCAUAUAAUGGAAGACGUGCUAGUUAGAUCCCCCAGCACAACAAAGAUACUGUGAAGUUGUUGCAUGUCUGCAAAGUCAAUGCAAAACCACCGCAUUGCAAAAGCCCCGGAUCCAGCAUCUGCCAGAAGCCUUAACUAAACAGUUAAGCUAAGCUUCCAGUCCUCAUGUCCAGGUCCCUGGGGCCUUAGCUUCAGCCUAGAGUGCUACCACUCACCUUUAGUAUAUAGAACUAUGAAAAUUCCGCUGCAGCACCAUGCAACUUUGAAUUCAUGUAUCAGUCAUGGUAUUGAGAACCACGUUUUAUUUUUAUGUAUCUUUUUAAAGAUUCUAAGCUUUAGGCUCUGUAGACAGUGUUGACAACUCGGAAGCCAGGAAAUGGCUGAUCAGGAUUUUCAUUGGUUCAAGAAUAGAGCUUUGGUACCGUGUGUGGCCUGUUUUGUGCCGAUGGAAAUUAGAAUAAAAUAUGCAAAACAAGCAUAAACAUGUGCAUCAUGUAUGCAAAUUGCAGAAUUCAGAGGUGUAAGGGGGGAUAAUUUUGGUGUUUUGCGUGUGGCUCAAUCUUCUCUGUUCCAAGUUAAUUUAUGAGUUUUGUGAUGAAAAUACUGUGGGGGAGAGUAGGAGGAUCUAUAUUUUAAACCCAGGUGGAAGUUGUGCCAUCCACUUAUUCUUUGGGGGUCCCUGCAACCAUUUCAGGACUUGCAGAACUGCAGCUGAAAUCAGCUGUGCUUGUUGGCAGUGCAGUACCUCAGCAUUCCAGUACUUGAUCAAAUAAAGGCCAAAAUUACCAAAAUCCAGUGGCAAACGAAAGAGCUCCCCCUCUGUGGUAUAGUCAUACUCACAGUUUGUCAUCCUGGUGCCAUUGAAAAGCGUUGCACAUACAGAAAAGGAUGCUCGAGCAAAUUCUGUAGAACUAAGCAGUCCCUUUGCUUUCUGGUAAAUCCCCACUUUCCUCCAUCACCACUCUUUGGGUGGGAGCACCAGGUGAAUGAGUUUGCUGGAUCUACCUUUAUUUAUUAUUUCAUUGGUCAGCCUUACUGCUGGACUCUUCCAGGUGAGUAAGAUUUGCAUUCGUGCCCUGUUACCUGUUCCCAGGUAUUGGAAAAAUAAAAUAAUCUGAGCUACAUGUCUUUCCUCCAAUGUUCUCAUUAGACUCUUUGUUGAAACAAAAUAGUGCUGCUAUUGUUUUAAGAAGAGAAUCGCAAGGCUGGCCACUAGUUCACUCUAGCUAGGCCAUAGAUGAAUGGUGCUUCACCAAACUGCCUGUUGAAUACUCCGCUACUCUCAACAUCUGUCCUGGAGGCAGUUCAGAUCUCUUGGUGUACUGCACUGAGUCUGUGGGCAAAAACACAUCCUAUCUUACAUGCUGCAAUGCUACAGUGCACACACUUCCCUGCUUCUUCUCUACACCUGCAGUUUCCCUUCUUUAUGGUGCGCACAUACACACACACACGGGCACACUCUUGCUUGUGCUCUCUCGCUGAGCCUUGUUUCCAUAGAUAGACCUUUUGUGGGGAUAUGGUAAUAGGCUGACAUUAAGAGAGCCAGCAGGGGGAGCAGCCUGCCUUCUAAAGCUCCACAUGAGAUCUAAUUGUGUUGGGCUUUUAUUUUUAAUCUUCUGUUUUAGUUCUCAAAAACUCUGCCUGUUGGGGGCUUCUUUUCCCACCCUGGAUUCUUUUUGAGCUGGAUAAAGAUUCCAUGGCAGCUGAGAUCCCCCCAACCUUGGGGAGCUUUGGCAUUGGCGAGGUAGCCUGCUGAGCACCAGAUAAAAGAGGCAGUGGGAAAUGAGGGAAAAUGUGGGAGCAUUUGAGGGGAGUGGGGAGCAGGGCCUCACUAUUGCCAGCCCGCAGAAGCCUUCUGGCUUCCGAAAGGCAGCAGCAGCAUAAAUCCCUUUGGCAGGUUUGCUUUUUCCCAGUUUCCACUUCGUUGCUCUAGAUUUGCAGUCUAGGAAAGGGGGGUGUCAGAGACCAGGGUGGGGUAGAAAGUUUGCAAUGCUCCUCAGAUUAUUUAUUUGCUUAUUAAAAGGGGGGAAAGACCCUGAGUCUUGUUCAGUUUCUGCCAUAGGCCUACAAGAUUCAAUAGGUACAGGAGAAUAACGUCAUUUUGUUUUACCUUGUGGGCCAAAGGCUCAUUGUGAGGGGAAGUGCCCAUUGACUUGCACCACUGUGGGAAUGGCGUGUUUGUGUCUCAGUAAGUGCAGGCCUUGUGCGGGCUUGCCAAGUGGCACAACACACCAAAAAAGGGAAGCACAACAGAGCAAGAAAAGACUCCCAGCAAUGGCAGGGAAGAAAUGCUCUCAAAGGCAUUAUAUUAAUCCCAGUGGGUCGUCUCCAGUGCUAGUCCUGCUCAGAGUAGCCCAUUGAAAUUAAUGGACCUCUUAGUUAACCAGGUCUAUUAAUUUCAGUGGGUCUACUCUCGGUGUGUUUCAGGCAAAUAACUCUUUGUCAGAUCACUGUUUGUAUCUCCUUGCUCCAAACUGAGUCACUCCUGCAGUGCCAGUUAUUAAAGAAAGUACCAUUGCUAACAGCCCCUCAGAAAGAGAGCUGUUUGCUCAAAAUAUGUUGAGAAUCAUACAGCCAGUACUGAUAACUGAGUCCUGAACCUUCUGGGUUUCAGUUUCCGUACUCUUAAUGUUGCCCUUGCAGAAGUCUGCAGGGAGAAGGCGGAUGGGGACAAAACUAGAAUUGCAUUUCUCUUCCUGUCAUUGGCUCUGGCGCCACCUACUGUUGGCCUCCCUGCCUUCCACCCUAUCAGUUCCAUUGAGCACCAGCCAUCACUGCAGGGCUUUGAUGCACAAGUUGAUUCCUUAUCCUUUCGUUCUACAGAAUGCAGGUCCGUGGACUCUAUUUGCUUUUGGUUCUGAUCCUUCUGGCUGCAUCUUCUGAGGCUGGCAAGAAUAAGAAAGGUGAGCUGACUAGAAGAGUUCUGGUUAGCAAGUGGGAUGAGACCCUGUCUGCAGCCUGAUGUUCUGAGGGCUUGCUUGCAGGGCAUGGGCAGGGGCUGCAUUUAAUGCCUUACAGCGGCCUGGGGGAAAAGGAGAAGCUGUUUGUUGUGCAUUAUAAUGAUUGCUGGCUCCCCUUUGACCACUGCAGAAAAGGUGAAGAAAAAUGGCUCGGAUUGCGAGGAAUGGCGCUGGGGUCCCUGCGUCCCCAACAGCAAAGACUGUGGUGUUGGCUUCCGCGAGGGAACUUGUAAUGAAGAGACCAAGAAACUCAAGUGCAAGAUCCCCUGCAACUGGAAGAAGGAAUUUGGAGGUGAGUGUGUGUCUUGCUCUGAGAGAGAGAAGGGUGAUACUUAGGGAAUGACACACCAGUCUUAAAUGGGACCUUGGGAAGCCAGCCAGCCCACCGGCUUAACAAAUUCUGGAGAAAUUGUGGUUCUUUGCCUGGAACGAUUGCAGGCAGUUAGCGAUGAGUGUGCAUGCAGUCUUGGGGGUCAUGUGCACACUGUAUGCUAACUUACUGCUGACGUUAAUGCAGUGUCGGUUUUUGCUGUUUACAUUGAGUUUGCAAUUGAUAAUGUGCUCGUUCUGCAUCCAGCACUUCUGCAUUAGAAGCACAUCCUGUGGCUUCUGGAGGCAACUGGGCUUUCCGUAGAGAUACUUGACUGCGGUUUCUGGCAGCUGUCAUUCAUUUGAAGCAGACUUCCCCAACCUGAUGCGCUCCAGAUGUUGUUGGACUGCAACUCCCUUCAUCCCUGACCAUUGACUGUGCUGGCUAGGGCUGAUGAGAGUUGAAGUCCACAACAUCUGGAGGCAGACGGUUGGGGAAGACUGUCCUUCUGCUUAGGAGCAUAGAUGAGGUUGCCUUAUACCAAGUUGGACUAUCAGUCCCGCAAGCUCAGUUUUGCCUAGAUGGCUUAUCCAGCCUGCAAGUGCCAGGGAUUGAACCUGGAAUCUUCUGGGUGCAAAGCACACACUCUAUCUUUCUACCUUACUCCUUAUCUGAGAGAGAAUAUCUAUAGUGGUUGAAGGACAGAGAGAUUCUGGUAGGGGGUCUUGGAUCCAAAGGGAAACAAGAUGGUGGUGGCAGUAUGGGGCAGAGUCCCUUUUAUCUGGGGCCCACUGAAAAGGUUGCCAUCACCAAGAGAUAAUGUACAGCUUCCACGUCACUUGCCUUCUGUUGAGAUACCAAAUUUUCUGUCCAUACUCAGUCCAAUACUCUGAGCAACUCCUGAUAUACCAGCAUUUUCCAACACCUCUCAGGGCAGUGGGAUCAAGGAGGAUCCAGGAGUACAGAGGACAGUAGAUUCCAGAAAAUAACUUGGAUCUGAGCAGAGUAUUAAGUGGUUUGAAUGCUGACUGGAAGCUUUCUACACUUUUAAGCCACACCUCACACAUUCCCUUUGUUUUGCUAUUCCCACUUCCUAGUUACUUCCAUGCUUAUGUAUCUGCUUCUUCUCUAUUUAGGUUAGUGAGGAAUUAGGUUGUGGCCAGCUGGAGGAGAGGUUUGGCAGUCAGUGCCAGCUUUGCAGCUUCCUGUUUCCCUCCACUGUGGAUUCCUCCCCUUUGUUUGCUUGCUAUUUACAGCAGAUAGGAAAAUAUACAAGAGGCAUGGUUAUGCUGCAUUGGUGUUUAUCCACGUACCAGGCCCUUGAAAACUACCUGUUUGUUUGGUGUUGUAUUUUAAAGAGUCAGGCCUACAAACCACAAAGUUCCUAGUUCCAUGACAAUGUUGUGCAGCAGUUGCUGCCAAUCCAUUUACCCUGAUCCAGCUAGCAUUUAGUCCCAGUAACAUUUAGAUCUGCUAAUUGUUGAGCCACAUGGACAUGAUUCAUAGUCAUUUGGUGGAUAGCCGUGGUGAACGCUCUUUGGGAUCUUAGGUGUCCCACGGACAGGACCAUUGCUUGUUUGCUAUCACAGAUCUAAUGGCUCUUAACUUCUCUCCUAGCUGAUUGCAAGUAUAAGUUUGAGAGCUGGGGUGGUUGUGACUCGGCAACAGGUCUGAAGUCCCGUUCGGGCACUCUGAAGAAGGCCCUCUACAAUGCCGAGUGCCAGGAAACUAUACAAGUGACCAAGCCCUGCUCUCCUAAGGCCAAGUCAAAAUCCAAAGGUGAGUCCCAGCUCUUAGGCUCCCUUUUCCUGCCUUAGAUAAUUUGCCAUGCAUUACUCUUGAUGAUCCAGGAAGGAUAUAACUCCUGUGUUAGGGGUGGCAAAUUAGGAAACAUGCAGUUUUCUAUGCAAUUGCCAUAUUGCUCGAAAACACACUGGCAACACAGUAUUGCUUGGAGAGCUACAGCUGGCUCAUGAGCUGAGUGUUUGUCUCACUGGUGUCUUUAUACCUGCUGACCUUUUACAAGAAAACACCCGUGAUAGUUCACAAGCACCCAGGUAAUGACAAGAUUGCAAUUAUAUGGUGCUUCAGGUGCUGAGAGGAAUCUAAAGCCCACAGUGUCUGUCCCCUAGGGGUGCAUUUGUGUGAAUGGGGAGAAGCUGGAGGCUGGAGUCAAUAAAUGGUAGAAUCUUUCCACCUGCAAGGCAAGUGCAAGUGUCCAGACAGGAGGAACCCAAAAAGCGACAAGACUGGAUGUGCUCCAGGUGCACAGCUUGUAUGCUAAUGCAAGUCCAGGAGACUAGUGGUCAACUGGCGUGUUAAGAGUGCUAGUAAAUGCCAGACCAGCACAGAAAUAAAUGAGAAUGUGGGGGGGCCCUGUAUGUGGUGUGUUGCACUAAUGAUCUUCCAUUUGUUUCAAGCAGCCAGAAAAGGAAAGGGGAAGGACUAGAACAAUGGAUGCAGCCCCACUGGCAUCAGGGCAUGGUGCCUGAACCCUCUUGGACACACACCACUUGGAGCUCCAGCGUGGUCCCUCCCAGCUUGGCAGCCCUUUUGCCACAUCCCACCCCCUUCUGCCUCCACAACCUUGCCCUUCACUGACAUACCGUUUCUAAUCACUAGUUUCCUAGGGAGCAAGCCCACCCUGUCGUGAAGAAAGCGCCCUUUUGCCUUCCCUGUAACGUCUCCUUUCUACCAUGCUUCCCCUCCUCCCGAUCUGUGCAUCUCGGUGCUCUUUGCUCUGGUUUGUUUCCCCGGAAUUCCGCACGAUGUGUUUUGAGAUGGGGCUGGGCUCUGCUAAGUUGUGGAUAGAGUUCUUCACCUUUGGGCUCCUUGGCUGAAGCCAUAUGGCCCUUUGGCGCAUCUCUCUCUCUCUCUCUUGCAAGCUUGGCAGCAAGGCCUGUGGUUUCCUCGUCCCCCAUGCAACUUCCCAUAGGCAAAAGUCCAAAUUAAGCUAGCCAAGGAAACUGAUUUGGAGAGUGUAAUGGAGGGAGGGGAAAGGGGGGAGUUAAUGAGAAGGGGGGAGCCCCAUGCCUGCCUUACAUUCCUCAUAAGGUGACUGUGUGCAGUAGGACUUACUUUGGUGUCGCUUUGAGCCCCUCAGACUUACAAGGGGCUAAAUUAGUGCCUGCUGCCCAGGGUGCUGUGUGUGAAUGUCUGUUUCCGCCUCCCCCCUCCAAUAUAUAUAAAUAUAUAUAUCCAGUACAGGCUUGUUCAUAAGCAGACCAUCUGGAAGGUGUGUGUGUUUUCCAUGAGCUGUGUUUGACCUUUUGUCAACAAACCACCUUUUGCCUUUCCUUUGCCACCCAAGAAUCUCCCUAGAGUUCUGAGCAUUAUCUUUUUCAGUCACAAUGUCCUCAUUCCUUCUGUCCCUUCUUGUCUCUAUAUUUGCUGGGACACUGUGGCCUUGUCCUCCUUUUACUGGUGCUGGGUAAGCCCUCUUUGCUUUUUACAAUGCCCCCUCUUUUCCAAUAAAAGUCUUUUUACAAAAAAAAAA